AAUGUCGGAAGCAAACCUAACAGAAUGUGAGUUGGCAUAUCAACUCACAUAUCAUCCAUUUUAUAUGAUUGCUCAAUUCUGGUCGUUUUUUGUUUCACUUCUUGCGAUGCCAUCGUUAAUUUUUUUUAUGGUUGAAAAAGUAUUCAAGCUUCCAUUUCAUGGAAAUUUAAAGUUUUUAUUAGUAUCAUAUUUCAUUGGAACAUUUCUUUUUGCAUCAAUUAUAUGUUUUACAUUUGGCUAUCACUUCUUCGUUCCCUUCUUUGUAACUUCAAAUUGUGACUUAAUUAUUAAUGCAACUUUAUUUAAAUACGGUCACAUGAUUGCUCUCAUUUUUAUGACAAUUCCAAUGAUUCUACCGACUGCAUUUACAGUUGAACGAUUUGUAGCAUUAAAAAUGGCUCACAGCUAUGAGCAUGUACGAACUCUAUUAGGUCCUGUUUUGGUUCUUGUUGUGAUAGCAAUUGACAGUAUGUUUUUGUACGAUAUUUAUGGACAAGAGAAGUUUGACAAGCCGUUCAUAAAUUUUAUCCUUGUUCCUGCAACUUCUGCUCUUCAAUUCAACUCAUUUUUAUGGUAUAUGCUGUAUUUGAAAAUUACAAACUUCAUAUGCAACCUUAUUCUUCUUUUUAUUCAUAAAAUAUUACAUCAAAGUUCCAGGUACCGCCGCAAGAAUGUAUCAUUAUCAGUAAAAUAUGAAAUGCAGGAAAUAUCCCAAUCUUCAAGAUUUACAUUAAUUGUCACAUUCACUCAUUUAUUAUUUUUUGGCUGGUAUGUAUCAACAAUUCUCCUCAUUCGAACUGUUGGCCCUGAUUUCUUUCGUGGAUUUAUUAAUUACACAGUCAUGAGAGGUGUUUAUUGUGCAACACCUACCUAUAAUUUAGUAAUUGUAUUUAUUGGAUUCAAAGCUUUGAAUCAUUUGAAUUUCAAACGGAACAACAAAGUUCAAUCAACAAUUCAAAUUAAAUCGACUGGUCAGGAAGGAGCUGAGAAUUAUGAUAAUGCUAUUUCAAAUUAUUGGGAUUCGGUUUAUACAAUGAAUAAAUCAAAACUUUAAUAAUAAUAAUUAAUAA